AUGCGCUCGUCAAGCAUCGUCGCCGGCGUCCUCGCCGCCCUGCCCCUCGUCUCGGCCUGGGUCUCACCCCACGCCCACCGCCAGCGUCUCGCGAACCGUCAAGCCGCAGCGCCGACGCAGGUGGAGGAGCGGGGACCGCUGCGCCGGAGCGAUUUGCAGUACUACAACAACAAGACCAGUGGCUUCUAUGUUGACGGAACCUCGAUCCCUGAGGUGAACUUCAACGUUGGCGAAAGCUAUGCCGGCCUGAUUCCCGUCGAUGCGACGAAGCCUGAAGCCGAGCAGCAGAAGAACUUUUUCUGGUUCUUCCCGACUGAGAACCCCGCCGGCAAGGACGAUGUCAUCAUCUGGUUCAAUGGCGGCCCGGGAUGCUCAUCCAUGGAGGGAUUCCUGCAAGAGAACGGCCCGUUCCUCUGGCAGUACGGAACCAUCAGGCCCGUCCCCAACGCCUGGUCAUGGCACAAGCUAGCCAACGUGAUCUGGGUCGAGUACCCCAUCGGUACCGGCUUCAGCUCCGGCAACGUCACGGCCACGAACAACGCCGAGACCGCCGACCAGUUCGCCUCCUUCUGGAAGAACUUCGUCUCCACGUUCGACCUCCAGGGCAAGAACCUCUACAUCGCCGGCGAGAGCUACGCCGGCAUCUACGUGCCCUACGUCGGCGCCGCCAUGCUCGACAAAAACGACACGGCCUACUACAACGUCAAGGGCGCCCUCUACUACGACCCUGUCAUGCCCUACUCGGACGACCUCGGCUUCGACCACGCCGCGCUCCCCGCCUUCCACCGCUACUGGGAGAACGUCUUCGGCUUCUCCAAGAGCAUGAAGGCCCAGCUCGACGCCGACAACGACAAGUGCGAGCUCGACACCUACCUCGCCAAGCACCUCGCCUACCCCCCGCCGCCGACUCCCUGGGAGAGCGUCAAGUGGGACCCCGACUAUGAUGUGGUGAACCACUUUGACAACUACAUCAACGCCAUCAACCCCUGCUUCAACGGCUACCACGUCCUCGACACCUGCCCCGUGCUGUGGGACGUCCUCGGCUUCCCGUCCGUCAUGUACUCCCCGCCCAACACGACGCUGUACUUCAACAUCCCAGAGGUGCGCAAGGCCAUCCACGUGCCCGUCGACUACCCCUCCUGGAGCGAGUGCCAGGACCCCGUCUUCGUCGGCGGCGAGGACAACUACAACGGCACCGAGCACGAGGCCAAGUUCCAGACGCUCGUCGAGCGCACCAACAACGUGCACGUCGGCUCCGGCCAGGCCGAUUAUGUGAUCCAGCCCAACGUCACGGCGCUCGGCAUCCAGCGCAUCCGGUGGAACGGCAAGCAGGGCUUCGAGACGCAGCCGGCGGACGAGUUGCUGCUCCCGGAUGUUGAUAACACCGACGACAACGUGAUCAGCUGGGCCGGCGGCAACGUGCAGGGCGUGGUGCACACGGAGCGCGGGUUCACGCACUCGACCGCCAAGCUGAGCGGGCACAUGGUCCCGCAGUACAACCCGGGCGUCGCGCUGAGGCAUGCCGAGUUUAUGUUGGGAAGGGUGAAGUCGAUGACUAAGGGCGACCCGUGGACGAUCAAGAUUUCGACCAACUUUGAGUAUCCCUAUUAA